AUGAGUUUCGUUCCUCUCAACCCGCGGCCUAUGGUGCAGUCUCUAAUUAACGAGGAUAUCGUCGUCCGUCUAAAAUGGGGCCAAACCGAAUACAAGGGCAGACUUGUCAGCGUUGACUCAUACAUGAACAUCCAGCUAUCACAGACAGAGGAGUUUAUCGAUGGGAAGAAUACCGGUACUUUAGGCGAGGUUCUGAUACGAUGCAACAAUGUUCUCUGGAUAGCGAACGCAAAGGGCGUGGAAACCAAGGAUGUCCAGAUGGCUGAUUCCUGA